UGGCACUCUCCCUUUUGGUCUCAAACUCUCUUUUAGCGCGUCACCUCUAGUGACCAUGCCAUCAGGGCCUCCUCCGCCCCUUCCCCCACCACCACCAACACCACCAACACCGUCACAGCAUGAUCCAGCACCACCAUCACUUCCAUCGCCACCGCCGAUAAGAAUCACCCGAACCAAAACACCCACCGGCGGCAUACUCUUGGGCAAGUAUCAAUUGGGUCGUUUGUUGGGACAUGGUAGCUUUGCCAAGGUUCACGAGGCGACUUUACUCGACGACAGCACCAACGUCGUGGCGAUCAAGAUUAUAGACAAGACGAAAACGGUUGAUGCUGCCAUGGAACCGAGGAUCAUCAGUGAAGUUUCCGCCAUGCGCCGCCUCCAACAUCACCCGAACAUCCUUAAGAUCCACGAAGUCAUGGCCACGAAGACAAAGAUCUAUCUCGUCAUGGAAUUCGCCUCCGGUGGUGAACUUUUCGCCAAAGUUUUACGCCGUGGCCGAUUGACUGAAACCACCGCUCGGAGGUACUUUACCCAACUCGUCUCCGCCCUCCAUUUCUGUCACCAAAACGGCGUCGCCCACCGUGAUGUAAAGCCGCAAAACCUCUUGUUAGACCAAAACGGAAAUCUUAAAGUUUCAGACUUCGGCCUCUCGGCUCUACCGGAGCAGCUAAACAACGGACUUUUACAUACAGCUUGCGGAACACCGGCUUACGCGGCUCCCGAGGUUGUUCGGAUGAAAGGAUACGAUGGUUCCAAGGCCGAUGCUUGGUCUUGUGGAGUGAUUUUGUUCGUUUUAUUGGCCGGUAAAUUACCCUUUGAUGACAGUAAUUUAGUGGGGAUGUACAAAAAGAUUCAUCGUAGGGAAUUCGAGUUUCCAUCUUGGAUAUCAAAGCCUGUGAAAACCAUCAUACGGCAGCUUUUAGAUCCGAAUCCUUCCACGAGAAUGAGCUUGGUGAAGUUAAUGGAAACACCAUGGCUUAAGCGAUCUGUAACUGCGUAUACAUCAUCGAACAAGGAACAUGACAGUUUGUUACAGGGCAGGAAGUUGAAACAUGAGAUGGUUUGUAACGGGGUUAAUGCUUUUGACAUAAUAUCAUUGUCUUCGGGGUUGGAUUUGUCUGGUCUUUUUGAAGAGGUGAAUAGGAAGGAGAAGAGGUAUAGGGCAUCAAUGGAGUUGGAAGGAGUGGUGGAGAGGGUGAAGGAGGCAGGGGAGAAAUUGGGAUACAGAGUUGAGAAAGGGAAGAGAGGGGUGUUGGGGAUGGGGAAAGGGAAGGUGGUGCUGACGGUGGAGAUGGUGGAGAUAGCGGAGUUGUUUGUUUUGGUGGAGUUGAAGGUGGUGGAAGGCACAAUGGAGUUUGAGGAAGGACGGUGGUUGGAUCUAGAAGCCGGUCUUGGAGACUUAUUUGUUGCUUGGGAUAAUCUGGUGGGGUGAUUGGUUUUGUUUCUUUCACUUUAUUCUUUUGGUGAAUUAGACAAGAGUUGUUGAGGGGCUUAUUCUAGUAUUGUUCAAUGUAAAUGAUGGAAUUUAUAGUGAUAUUUAGCAUCUGGAUAC